AUGACUUCAACGAGCACGAGGCCCACGCAGGAUGCGCAAGGGGCCGAUCCCUGGAUGCUGCAGUACGAGUCCGUGAAGCGGUCAGCAGAUCAGAUUCUUGCCGCAAUACAGGAUCGGCGGGAGUUAAUGCGGCAAGGAGCGCAAGUUUCGCGGCAGACGGCGGCGAUUCGAAGGAAAUUGGGGGCGUUCGGAGCAAGCCUUGAUGACCUCUUCGAACAGAUUCACACCACCGACGGAAUAUCCGCCCAAGAGCUCCACAGGCGACGCGACAUGGUGUCCGUGCUGCGUGCUAGAGCAGCCCAGCUCGGCUCUGUUCUCGGGCAUGGCGGUCGGAACGCGAAAGCUGAACUUCUGAAGGGGGAAACAAGCGCGGGCGCAUCACACGCAGGCGAGACAGAGGACACCGCGGCCCUGGAUGCACAAGGUAUUUUACAGCUGCAGCAGCAGGUCAUUGAGCGCCAGGAUGACGACUUGCAGCACCUGCACGACAACGUCCAGAGAACAAAGGAGGUGGCCUUGACCAUCAAUGAGGAGCUCGGCCUACAGAACAGGCUGUUGUCAGAUUUGGACGAUGAAGUGGACGUCACACACAGCCGCAUGCGGGCGGCGAAGCGCAAAGUGAGAGAAAUAUUGCGGAGAUCGAAGCAGCCCAAGUCGAUGUGUCUGAUGCUGGGCCUGAUUGCACUCCUCGUCUUCCUUGUCGUGCUGGUCUUGAAAUAG